GAGAUGAAACCAAACGGAUUACGGCCAGUGUCUUUACCAACGAAGUGAUUCACAUUCUACCAAUACCAACAUCUCUAUAUCAUAUUUAUCACUGGGCCACUAUGGCGUCGGACAAACCUGCAGAUAAUCCAUGGGAUAAAGAGACGAGUCAAAAAUUUGAAAGUAAACGCCCUGGAGAAUACUUUGACCCUUGUCAAGAAGCAGCUUCAAGAAGUCUGAAAUGUUUGGCUCGAAACGGAGGUGAUAGAGACAUGUGUACGGACUAUUUUCAAGCAUAUCGAGAUUGCAAGAAGCAAUGGAUCGAGCAACGAAAGGAAGCCAAAAGGAAAGCGGGGUGGUUUUCCUCGUGAGGAAACGGAAUGUGUAUGAUAGAAAUGUGAUGUGUCAACUUUGCGGGGAGGGAAGGCAUUAGAGACAAAAGUCAUUGGCAAGGGGGCCUUAUCCUACAACCCAAAAGUAUCAUUCUGGUCAGCAAAAUAAAAACUGUUUGCUCAAUUCGUUGGUGCUCAUAAUGGACUCUGCAUUGAUUGAAAGAGAUUUAUUAAAGCAUACGAGCCAAUGUAUGCGGAAUACUUAUGUACGACGACUGCUACCCAUCGCUGUCAGGGUUUCAAGACUUGCGCCAGUAAUAAUUACCUAGUAGCUACCUAGACAUGUAAUGCAACAGCAUAUGAAUCUUCACUCAAUACCACAAAACA